CAUGUUUUUAAACUCAGCCUGUUCGAACCUUCUAAGCAUAAAUGAAGUGUUAUCGGGCGUGUGUUUUAUUUUUUACGGGUAUUAGCAUUUUGCUCUUAUUAUUUUGGUUUCUGUCAUCAGAGAAUGCAGCUGGUAAACCCUCAACUCAUGAAGUGCGCUCAGGAGAAGGUGAAAUGCGAAAUAUUUUGAAAAUGCUUCAGUCAGUGGAUUUUGAAGUUUUUGGACGAGUUCAAGGUGUCUUUUUUCGUAAGUUCACAAGAGAAAAAGGAAAAGAGCUAGGUUUGAAAGGAUGGUGUAUGAAUUCAUCUCAAGGAACUGUUGUUGGAACGAUACAAGGAAAAGAAGAAAAAAUAGAAGAAAUGAAAGACUGGUUACGUCAUACUGGAAGCCCUAUGUCUAAAAUUGAAAAAUGUGUUUUUACAAAUGAAAGGCAUAUUUCUAAAGAAGAGUUCACAGAUUUCUUUAUAAAGCACUAGAUGCUGUUUUUGUUCUGACAUCCUCUUUUCAAAGGAGAUAACUUUUACUGAAAGUUUGCAGUGCUUCCAUUGAGUGUUGAAUGUGAUGCUUGAAAGACUGGUUGUUGUACAUUUUCCUUACAUCCUGUAUAAAUUUAUUUAUUUUUCAAAGCAAUAAAAAGUAUUCCUUCCCAUGCUU